ACUUUGCUCAGCACGUGGCAUAUAACGCCUCAGUUUUCCGAAGCGCGUCGUGCUCAUUUCGACGCGUCGGUCUGUGGAAGGAACCGCGAGGAGAUUGUCGCUCGACAGCAAUCUCCGUUAUUAUUGCCAUUCGAGAUACCCCACGGACCUAAUGACUUCCAGAAAUCCAACUGUCAACAUGUCUAGCUCCAAGCCCAUCAAACCUAUGGUCAUUAAUUCCAACGUGCGAAACACCAGCCACUCAACCGUUUUAGGCGCAAAGCGGAAAGUAGAUGACGUGUUAAAUAGUAGCUCGGAAGGAGAAGGAAAAGAAAAUGGGGCUACACAAAAGAAAAAGGCAUUAGAUGCUACACUAGGGCAGCCGUUGUUUGAGUUGAGGAAUCGCAAACUGCUCUUCAAACAGGCUCUUCCAUCUCGAAAUCUUCCCAGAAGGAGAAUUCUUAAUUUUCAAGGAUACGUUCUAGACGAAGUGGAAGGUGGAAGAACUAUAAAUGAAAUCCCUGAGGAACAUUGGGCUCUCAUUGCAAUGGCUGGUAACGAGAUGUCUUCAGCUAAUGAGGGUUCGUUUGUCAAGCAACUGAAAGCUGCUUUGGGCCUCGAGCCUGCCGAACAAAAAUCUCUUCCCAAUGAAGUACUUACAGUUAUCAGCCGGAAAUUGUUCACACUCAGCCAUUAUGGCUUUUUUCCUUCUCAAUUCCCUAACAGUGUAAAAAUUCCUUCAUCUCUUCAAAUCCGAUGUUGGGAAGUAAACGAGCCUGAAAAAUGGUUCCCAUCCGAAGAACUUGAGGCAUUACGUGCAAGGAGGACGGAGCGAGAAAGUCUGACCGAGGAAUGCUUUAAGCUCUUACAAGGAAUGACAGACGCUCAAAAGAUUGAAUUGGUUGGUGGAAGCAAGGACCAAAAAGACACACCAUCAAAAUCCGCAAGUACCGCCGAAAAGAGUGCUCUACCCAAGGAGAUCCAAGACUCUCCUCAAUCAAUCUUUCGCGUCGAUGAAAGCGAAGGGCCAGAUGAAGACGCAGCAUCUCAUGGGGGAUCUUCACCUAUCAAGCCUGGGAGAACCCCUGAAGAGAUUGAAGCAGACCGUUUAAAAAAGAAGCAGAGAGAUGAGAAAAAAGCUAUCUGGGCCGAGAAAAAGGCCGCAAAGGAGCGGGAAGUCAAGAAGAAGGAAGAGGCCAUGGCCAAGCAGGCCAAAGCUAUGAGCAUGUUUUUCAAGCCAAAGCCGACUUGUAUCGCGAAAAAAACUACUGCACUUCCUAGCGUCAGCAGUAGCAAUCAAGCCCUCAGUGACUACCAAAAAACUUUCCGGCCUCUGCCGCCAAAGAAAUACGUCAAGACCGCGAAAGUAAACGAAUGGAUCAGGAUCGAGAAUGGCAUAAAUCACGCUGCAGGUGAUAUCUCGGGGGGGAAAGUUGAGCAAUGGAUCAACGAGGGGUCUCCGGAUGUUGAGGGCUGGUCGUCCCAAGACUUCAUCAAGGAUCAUUUAAAGAAACAUGGUCACCAGAUGCGACAUCCCAGAAGAAACCUCCCUCGGGGGUUCAAAGUUGCACCCAUUGAUGGAAGCGUUGGAGAGUUAUGGGCUGCGUUGCAAGUCGCUGAAGAGCCUCGAGAAGUUCUUGACCAAUUACGGGAUCGACGACGAUUUCCUUGGAAAACUUUGGCAUUCGAUCAGCAACCAAGGCCGCCCUAUUCUGGUACCUUUACCAAAAAAUCUCUUGUUGUCGGACCCAGAACGCCCUUCGCCCAAGACCCGAUUUUCGACUAUUCUUAUGAUUCGGGCGAUGAAUGGCAAGAUGAUGAUGAAGGUGAGGAUGUUGACAAUUUCGGUGGUGAAAAGAACUUGGAGGAGGAAGAGGAAGAUGAAGACGAAGAAGACGAGGGCGAGUUCGAUGAUUGGCUUGAUGACUCAGAAGACGUUGAAGCUACGCAACCGGAUUCGAUGGAUGUGGAUGAUGCUCCGGAGCCGGAGAAACUGUCCAGGAACGUUAAAAAACUCAAAGAGCAACCGAUCAAAAGGAUUGUUAAACUUGUGCCCAACUGGAAGGGGCCUAUUUGGGAGAAUAGGAUUGGAGAGAAGGGGACGGAAGGGCUAGAGUCAUACCGUAUCCAGCUUUUGAAUGAUACUCCGGUAUCCCUCAAUCCGUUCACCUUCGAGUCUACAGAUACUCCUCAACAAUACAAGGCUAACUAUAGCACCACCGUUAUUGGCCACAAUCUCAAUGUUCGCUGUCUCUUGUCAGUGGAAACUAUUGUUCAAAAAGAACAACCGGGUCCCAUAACCAAACUUUCUCCUGUUACCGCUGCUGCUAUGUCAAGCCCCGUGCCUCGUUCUGAACUUCCACGCCGUGUUCGAAGCGCCUUUCCUUCAUCGCAUAUCCCUGAACUUUACAGACUCAUAGAGGGAGACAAUCGGUAUCUGAAGGAUAUGAUUACUUUUUUGCGUGAAAAGUUUGACGGUGUGGCCACCAAAGUUUCCAUUGAGAAUGAACUGAAGGAGUCUGCUGUUCGAGAAGGACGAUCGAAAGACAGUGUUUGGAGAGUGUACCGCGAAGCUUGGAUUGCCGCUGGAUUGGAACCUGCCGUUUCUGCUCCAUCCCGUCCACCCACAGCCCCAUCCACUACAGCAGCCCUGUCACUCAACCCCAAAUCCACGGUCAAUCAACCCACUAACCUUCCAUCACCUUUAGACCAAUCUCUACAAACUUCGCCUGUGCAAGAUGGAAGUGCUGCCGAACCGACCGUUGUCGAUUCAUAAUAGAGAGGGCUUUCAACAUUGAUCUGCGAGUGCGGCUCCUUACAAGCUGUAGUAACAUUAAUAUAUUGCGAGCGGGCUCGACUGUUUAUAUUUAAUUGCUCUGGGUACGAAUAGUUGUACGUUAUUAGUUGUGAC